AGUCUUACUUAGCAGGAAAAUCACACACUGUCCCAUCGAUCGCAAUGGCAUUGUGCAUGAAGAACAUCGGCAAAAGACUGUUGGGAGACAACAAGGUGUUGAUAUGCUUGUGGGCCUUUUGGCUGGUGACGCUGCUUGUCUUGUCAUCUGAAGAGAUGGGAUCCGAUGCCUGUGAGAAACAGAUUAGCCAGACAUGGUACAACACAACAUGUAUCAUUCGCGGCACCUGUAACAAGUACUGCAGAAACGAGAACUUCGACAGCGGCAUCUGCAAGGAACUUAAUUACUGCUUUUGUUACAGGAACUGCACCGCUGGAUCCAUCUAGCCAUAUAUGUGCCAUCUUCAUGCUUGCUCCAUCCAAGCUAUUGCUAGGAGUUCAUGCAUUAUGUACGAAAUUUGUUAAUUAAUGUAAGCCGCUAUGUCCAUCUAUCCAUGGCGUAAUAAAGGAGUAGAUCUUGAUGGGGCAA